CGGCACCGCUGGGCGCGUGAAGUGAGUUUUUCACCCCACGAGAGCAGGAGGGCAGCGCGCGGUGAACGUGAAUGAGCGCAAGUGAACCAGUGCAUCAAUAGAGUCACAACAAGCGUCCUCAUAUAUUUCACAACCCACCUGUAGAGCUCAAGAUGGCCAAGAAAGGGGCCAGUGAGCUGAGUGAGGAUGAGAAGUUUCUCUUCCUGGACAAGGACUUUGUAAAGAGUCCCGCAGCACAGGCUGACUGGGCUGCAAAGAAGCUAGUGUGGAUCCCCUCAGAGCGCCUCGGGUUUGAGGCAGCCAGCAUCAAGGAGGAGCGUGGCGAUGAGGUGCUGGUGGAGUUGGCAGAUGGCAGUCGGCAGAUAACUGUCAGCAAGGAUGACAUCCAGAAGAUGAAUCCACCCAAGUUCAGCAAGGUGGAAGAUAUGGCAGAACUCACCUGCCUGAACGAGGCAUCUGUACUGCAUAACCUAAGAGAGAGAUACUACUCAGGGCUUAUCUACACGUACUCCGGCCUGUUCUGUGUUGUGGUGAACCCUUACAAGAUGCUGCCCAUCUACUCAGAGAAGAUCAUUGAGAUGUACAAAGGGAAGAAAAGGCACGAGGUCCCUCCACAUAUCUAUGCCAUUGCUGACAACGCAUAUCGGAACAUGUUGCAGGAUCGGGAGGACCAGUCUGUCCUUUGCACAGGAGAGUCUGGUGCUGGGAAGACCGAAAACACCAAGAAAGUUAUCCAGUACCUGGCCAUGGUGGCUUCCUCUCACAAGGGCAAGAAGGAGUCAAGCGCUGAUCUGAACCCUUCGGUUAAUAAGGGAGAGUUAGAGAAACAACUCUUGCAAGCCAACCCUAUACUCGAGGCCUUUGGAAAUGCUAAGACUAUCAAGAAUGACAAUUCCUCGCGAUUUGGUAAAUUCAUUCGCAUCAAUUUUGAUGUGACAGGCUACAUUGUUGGAGCCAACAUUGACACCUAUCUGCUGGAAAAGUCCCGUUGCAUUCGCCAGGCUAAGACUGAGAGGUCUUUCCACAUCUUCUACUAUAUGGUGGCUGGGGCCAAAGACAAAAUGCGUGAGGAGCUUCUCCUGGAGAACUUCAGUGACUAUCGCUUCCUGGUAGCUGGCCAUGUGCAAGUUCCAGGGCAGCAGGAUGAUGAGCUGUUUGAUGAGACCUUUGAGGCCAUGGAUAUCAUGGGCUUCAGUGAAGAAGAGAAACUGGGGAUCCUGAAGGUGGUCUCCACUGUGCUGCAGCUGGGGAACAUUGAGUUCAAGAAGGAGAGGAACCAGGAGCAGGCCACCAUGCCAGACAACACAGCUGCCCAGAAGGUGUCUCACCUGCAGGGCAUUAAUGUGACAGACUUCACUCGGGCUAUACUCACACCUCGCAUCAAAGUGGGUCGAGAGGUGGUACAGAAGGCACAAACUAAGGAGCAGGCUGAUUUUGCAGUUGAGGCUCUGGCCAAGGCAAUGUAUGAGCGGCUAUUCCGCUGGAUCCUAGCUCGUGUCAACAAAACACUGGACAAAACUAAGCGUCAGGGAGCCUCCUUCUUGGGCAUCUUAGACAUUGCUGGCUUUGAGAUCUUCGAGGAUAACUCCUUUGAACAGCUGUGCAUCAACUACACCAAUGAGCGUCUACAACAGCUCUUCAACCAUACAAUGUUCAUCCUGGAGCAAGAGGAGUAUAAGAAAGAGGGCAUUGAGUGGAACUUCAUCGACUUUGGCCUGGACUUGCAGCCCUGCAUUGAACUCAUCGAGAGGCCGAACAACCCACCUGGCAUCCUGGCCCUUCUGGAUGAGGAGUGCUGGUUCCCCAAAGCUACAGAUGUCUCCUUUGUGGAGAAGCUCAUGAACACACACAGCAAUCACUGCAAGUUUGCCAAGCCAAAACAGCUAAAGUCAAAGACAGAGUUCUCAGUACUUCACUAUGCUGGCAAGGUUGACUACAACGCUUACUCCUGGCUAACCAAGAACAUGGACCCGCUCAAUGACAAUGUGACACAGCUCCUAAGCAACUCCUCCAACCAAUUUGUGCAGGAGCUCUGGAAGGAUGUGGAUCGCGUGGUUGGUCUGGAACAGAUGGCCAGUGGUUCCAAAACCAAGAAGGGCAUGUUCCGCACAGUGGGCCAGCUCUACAAGGAGUCACUGACCAAGCUGAUGACCACACUGCACAACACACAGCCCAACUUUGUGCGCUGCAUCAUACCCAAUCAUGAAAAGAGGGCAGGGAAACUGGAUGCCUACCUGGUCUUGGAUCAGCUGAGGUGCAAUGGAGUGCUAGAAGGAAUCCGGAUCUGUCGGCAGGGAUUCCCUAAUCGUAUCAUCUUCCAGGAAUUCCGCCAGCGUUAUGAGAUCCUGGCUGCUAGCGCUAUUCCCAAGGGUUUUAUGGAUGGAAAACAGGCUUGUUGCCUUAUGAUCAAGCACCUUGAUCUGGACCCUAACCUAUACCGGAUUGGGCAGAGCAAGGUGUUCUUCCGAACAGGUGUCCUUGCCCAACUGGAGGAGGAGCGAGACCUCAAGGUCACCGUCAUCAUCAUCGCCUUCCAAGCCCAGGCUCGGGGAUUCCUAGCUAGAAAGGCUUUUGCCAAGAGGCAACAACAGCUGACUGCCAUGAAAGUCAUCCAAAGGAACUGUGCCGCUUAUCUGAAGCUCAGAAACUGGCAGUGGUGGAAGCUCUUUACCAAGGUUAAGCCCCUUUUGCAAGUAACCCGACAGGAAGAGGAAAUGAGUCAAAAAGAAGAAGAACUUCAAAAAGCCAAAGAACUGGCACAGAAGUCUGAAACAGAAUUGAAGGAAAUCACUCAGAAACACAUACAGUUAGUAGAAGAGAGGAAUCAACUGCAGGAGCAAUUGCAGGCAGAGACGGAGCUGUAUGCAGAGGCUGAGGAGAUGCGGGUGCGCCUAGAAGCUAGGAAACAGGAGCUGGAGGAUAUCAUGCAUGAGAUGGAAGUGCGGCUAGAGGAGGAAGAGGAGCGGAGUCAGGCCAUGCAAGAGGAGAAGAAGAAGAUGCACCAGCAGAUACAAGAGCUAAUGGAACAUCUGGAGGAAGAAGAAGAUGCCCGUCAAAAACUACAACUAGAGAAAGUGACAGUGGAGGGGAAAAUCAAAAAACUAGAGGAUGACAUUCUAGUAAUGGAGGACCAAAACAGCAAGCUUCUCAAGGAGCGGAAACUCAUGGAGGAGAGAAUUGCUGAUUUCAGCUCCAACCUAGCUGAAGAAGAGGAGAAAUCAAAGAAUUUGACUAAACUAAAGGCCAAACAUGAGUCCAUGAUAUCAGAUCUGGAGGUUCGCUUGAAGAAAGAAGAGAAGAGUCGACAGGACCUCGACAAGGCCAAACGCAAACUGGAGGCUGAAGCCAGUGAUCUGCAGGAGCAAAUGACUGACUUGCAAGCUCAAAUUGCAGAGCUGAAGGCCCAGCUGGCCAAAAAGGAAGAGGAGCUACAGGCUUUGACAGCACGGCUUGAGGAUGAGAUGACCCAGAAGAAUAAUGCCCUAAAGAGGAUCCGGGAGUUGGAAGGCCAAAUCUCGGAUCUACAGGAGGACUUGGAAACAGAGCGUGCUGCUCGCACAAAGGCUGAGAAAAGCAAGCGUGACCUUGGGGAGGAACUGGAAGCACUACGCUCAGAGCUGGAGGAUACUCUGGAUAGCACUGCCACUCAACAAGAGCUCCGGGCAAAACGUGAGCAGGAAGUGACACAGUUGAAGCGGGCCAUGGAGGAGGAUGUCCGGACUCAUGAGGCACAGGUGCAUGAGAUGCGGCAGAAGCACACCCAGGCCAUGGAGGAGCUCAGUGAGCAGCUGGAGCAGUCCAAACGGGUGAAGGCCAGCUUGGAGAAGACGAAGCAGACACUGGAGCAAGAGGUGGCCGAUAUAAGUGCAGAGGUGCGCUCACUAGCCACUGCUAAGCAAGAUGCUGAACACAAGCGGAAGAAGACUGAGGGUCAGCUGGCCGACCUGCAGGCGCGCUUCAAUGACAUCGAGAGGCAGAAAGGGGAGCUGGGCGACCGGGUCUCCAAACUCACGACAGAGCUAGAAAGCAUGACAGGCCUUCUUAAUGAUGCUGAGGGCAAGAACAUCAAGCUGAGCAAAGAACUUUCUAGUUUGGGAUCGCAGCUCCAGGACACCCAGGAACUGCUUGCAGAAGAGACCCGGCAGAAACUGAAUGUCUCCACCCGGCUGCGUCAAUUGGAAGAUGAUUGCAACAGUCUCCAAGAGCAGCUGGAGGAGGAAACGGAGGCCAAGAGAAACGUUGAGCGACACGCCUCCUCUCUCAAUGCACAGCUGUCAGAAUCUAAAAAGAAACUAGAUGAGCUCUGUAGCAACAUGGACCUUCUGGAGGAGAGCAAGAAACGCCUGCAACGAGACCUGGAAGCAGUCAGCACCGAACUCGAGGAGAAGACUUCAGCAUAUGACAAGCUGGAAAAGACCAGAACCCGCCUCCAACAGGAGCUGGAGGACAUGCUGAUGGACUUGGAAAACCAGAGACAGCAGGUUUCCAACUUAGAGAAGAAGCAAAAGAAGUUUGACCAGAUGCUUGCAGAGGAGAAGAACAUUUCCAGCAAAUAUGCAGAGGAGCGUGACCGUGCUGAGGCUGAAGCCAGGGAGAAGGAAACCAAGGCACUGUCUCUGGCCCGGGCUCUGGAGGAGGCUCAGGACAUGCAGGAAGAACUGGAGCGUUUGAAUAAAGCCCUACGCUCAGAGAUGGAGGCCUUGAUCAGCUCCAAAGAUGACGUGGGCAAAAAUGUGCACGAGCUGGAGAAGUCAAAACGCUGCUUGGAGGCCCAGGUAGAGGAGAUGAAGACCCAGGUGGAGGAACUGGAGGAUGAGUUGCAGGCAGCCGAGGACGCCAAGCUUAGGCUGGAAGUCAACAUGCAGGCUCUAAAGGCCCAGUUUGAGCGUGAUCUGCAGGGACGGGAGGAGCAGGGUGAAGAGAAGAAGAGGCAGCUACUAAAGCAGGUGCGUGAGCUGGAGACAGAACUGGAGGAUGAGCGCAAGCAGAGAGCCCUGGCAACUGCUGCCAAGAAGAAGCUGGAGGUAGACAUAAAGGACCUGCAGGACCAUAUAGAAACAUCCAACAAGAGCCGAGAUGAGGCCAUCAAACAGCUUCGCAAGUUACAGGCCCAGAUGAAGGACCUUCAGAGAGAGCUGGAGGAUUCCAGGGCUGCUCGGGAGGAAGUAUUGUCUAGCGCUAAGGAGGCUGAAAGGAAGGCCAAGAAUUUCGAGGCGAACAUCAUCCAGAUGCAGGAGGAGCUGGCAGCAGCUGAGAGAGCAUGCAAGCAUGCCGAGACAGAGAAAGACGAGCUAUCCGAGGAGCUAGCCAGAAACUCCUCUGGCAAGUCUGUCCUGUCUGAUGAAAAGCGGCGCCUGGAGGCUAAAAUAGUUGAGCUGGAGGAAGAGCUUGAGGAGGAGCAGAAUAACAUGGAGACACUGGCUGACAAGCUGAAGAAGAGCAUACAGCAGGUUGAUCAGCUGAACAGCGAGCUGCAGGCUGAACGUGCCACCAACCAGAAGAGCGAGAGCACACGGCAGCAAGUGGAAAGGCAGAACAAGGAGCUGAAAGCCAAGCUGCAAGAGCUGGAGAACCAGGCCAAAUCCAAGUUCAAGUCUUCCAUCAGUGCACUUGAGGCCAGAGUCCAACAACUGGAAGAUCAGUUGGAGCAGGAGAACAGAGAAAAACAGGCUGCUGCCAAGGCCAUGCGUCAGAAGGACAAGAAGUUGAAGGAGCUCAUUCUCCAAAUGGAAGAUGAGCGCAAGCAAGCAGUGCAGUACAAAGACCAGAUGGACAAGGCCAACAGCCGUACAAAACAGCUCAAGAGGCAACUGGAGGAGGCAGAAGAGGAGUCCCAGCGUGCCACCGCUGCCCGCAGAAAGCUGCAGAGAGAGCUAGACGAGGCCACAGAAGCCAACGAGGCCAUGAGCCGUGAGGUCCAUUCCCUCAAGACCAAAGUCAGACGGGGAAAUGAGCCGUCUUUCACCACACCUCGGCGUUCUGGAGGUGGAUCUCGUAGAGGAAUGAUCGACACCACUGAGGCUUCCGAAGAGGAGGCAGAUCUUCAGGGGGACAUCAAUGGUACCAAGGGGGCUGAGUAGAGAAACCUGUUUGCAUUCUCACAGGUUCACAUAGCCGACAUGUUUCCAUAUAAACCCGGGUUUAACUUUAUGAGAAUGCAACUGCAAUACACUUCACAGCCUUUGUUUUUCUGUAUCUGCCAUGCGCUGCAAACAAGAUUUUGCUAACUGCCAAAGAUUUUGUUUUUGACUCAAUAAAAUAUAGAUUUAAGGAUUCUUAUUUAAAUUAUAUAAUUUACAUACUUCCCUUAAAUUUUAAUUCUGCUUUUAAACUGCUUACAUUUUCAUCCUCUGUGAAAAUAACAAAUGAAUUAGAUUUUAUUUUUCCACUGCAUUUUACCACUUUUCCCCCAAAUUUAAUCAUGCAUGAUUUAUAUGUUUGCCUUGACUUGGAGGGACAUUUUGGCUUACUGUGUGUCCACAGAUUAUUGAAGGUAACGCACAUACCUCUGUGUGUAUAGAAAAGAUUAAAAUCAAAUCAUGGUCCUGCUCUGUUUAUUUGUUUUAAAAAAAAACUUUUCAAUCAUUUAGGCAUAAUACUUUUAUUGCACUGUUGAACCAUCAUUUCGGGUGAUCACGGGUUUUUAGUUCAGGCUGGGAAACUGUGCAAUGUGUAGACUUUAACAAUAAUUUCGUGCUGUCGGUAUGUUUUCAGACUGUGACCUGCAUUCUUGUUUCUUUCCCAUUUGCACACUUCUACAUCUGACUUGUCUGCCUUAAAUUGUCCGGAAACUGACUCAAAGAGCUCAUGAAAUAUUUCAGAAGUAUGAAGAGAUUAAGACUUCAAUAAGUAAUGCUUUCUGACUUGUGGAUUUUUCAGUUCUGCUGACUGCACAGUUACAAAGUG